AUGUCUGUAGUCUUCCAGGGGUUAAACCCAUCUGGCCACUCUCGUGACCCGGCUGUGACUGGGGCUGCGUGCAGAAUGGAUGAGCACUUCUCCAUGGAAACUGUGUUCGAUAUCGCCAUGACAACCCCCUUUGGGAAGGGGGUCGGGGAAGCAUCUCUCAACCUCCUGCCUGUCACAGCAUCUCUCUACCUCCUGCCUGUCACAGCAUCUCUCAACCUCCUGCCUGUCACAGCAUCUCUCAACCUCCUGCCUGUCACAGCAUCUCUCAACCUCCUGCCUGUCACAGCAUCUCUCAACCUCCUGCCUGUCACAGCAUCUCUCAACCUCCUGCCUGUCACAGCAUCUCUCAACCUCCUGCCUGUCACAGCAGCUCUCAACCUCCUGCCUGUCACAGCAUCUCUCAACCUCCUGCCUGUCACAGCAUCUCUCAACCUCCUGCCUGUCACAGUAUCUCUCAACCUCCUGCCUGUCACAGCAUCUCACAACCUCCUGCCUGUCACAGCAUCUCUCAACCUCCUGCCUGUCAAAGCAUCUCUCAACCUCCUGCCUGUCACAGCAUCUCUCAACCUCCUGCCUGUCACAGCAGCUCUCAACCUCCUGCCUGUCACAGCAUCUCUCAACCUCCUGCCUGUCACAGCAUCUCUCAACCUCCUGCCUGUCACAGCAUCUCUCAACCUCCUGCCUGUCACAGUAUCUCUCAACCUCCUGCCUGUCACAGCAUCUCACAACCUCCUGCCUGUCACAGCAUCUCUCAACCUCCUGCCUGUCACAGCACCUCUCAACCUCCUGCUUGUCACAGCAUCUCUCAACCUCCUGCCUGUCACAUCAUCUCUCAACCUCCUGCCUGUCACAGCAUCUCUCAACCUCCUGCCUGUCACAGCAUCUCUCUACCUCCUGCCUGUCACAGCAUCUCUCAACCUUCUGCCUGUCACAGCAUCUCUCAACCUCCUGCCUGUCACAGCAUCUCUCAACCUCCUGCCUAUCACAGCAUAUCUCAACCUCCUGCCUGUCACAGCAUAUCUCAACCUCCUGCCUGUCACAGCAUCUCUCAACCUCCUGCCUGUCACAGUAUCUCUUAACCUCCUGCCUGUCACAGCAUCUCUCAACCUUCUGCCUGUCACAGCAUCUCUCAACCUCCUGCCUGUCACAGCAUCUCUCAACCUCCUGCCUGUCACAGCAUCUCUCAACCUCCUGCCUGUCACAGCAUCUCUCUACCUCCUGCCUGUCACAGCAUCUCUCAACCUUCUGCCUGUCACAGCAUCUCUCAACCUCCUGCCUGUCACAGCAUCUCUCAACCUCCUGCCUGUCACAGCAUCUCUCAACCUCCUGCCUGUCACAGCAUCUCUCAACCUCCUGCCUGUCACAGCAUCUCUCAACCUCCUGCCUGUCACAGCAUCUCUCAACCUCCUGCCUGUCACAGCAUCUCUCUACCUCCUGCCUGUCACAGUAUCUCUCAACCUCCUGCCUGUCACAGCAUCUCACAACCUCCUGCCUGUCACAGCAUCUCUCAACCUCCUGCCUGUCACAGCUCCUCUCAACCUCCUGCCUGUCACAGCAUCUCUCAACCUCCUGCCUGUCACAGCAUCUCUCAACCUCCUGCCUGUCACAGCAUCUCUCAACCUCCUGCCUGUCACAGCAUCUCUCAACCUCCUGCCUGUCACAGCAUCUCUCAACCUCCUGCCUGUCACAGCAUCUCUCAACCUCCUGCCUGUCACAGCAUCUCUCAACCUCCUGCCUGUCACAGCAUCUCUCAACCUCCUGCCUGUCACAGCAUCUCUCAACCUCCUGCCUGUCACAGCAUCUCUCAACCUCCUGCCUGUCACAGCAUCUCUCAACCUCCUGCCUGUCACAGUAUCUCUCAACCUCCUGCCUGUCACAGCAUCUCUCAACCUCCUGCCUGUCACAGCAUCUCUCAACCUCCUGCCUGUCUGUUUAUGGGAUAUGUUUUCUGGCCUCUGGGGGUGA